ACCGUAAACAGGAGGAAGCGGAAACAAAAGAGGUUUCACAAAAACACAAACGCAUCCCCGGCUGUCGAAGUCUCAGGGAAUAAUCAACAGCCGUUGACUUCGCCAGCAAUAAAUUCAACUAAAGAGCGAGUCGACGUGAGUUCAGGAGCAAACUGCAUCAGUCAACAUGGCACUGAAAAGAAUACAGAAGGAGCUGCAUGACCUGCAGAGGGACCCUCCAGCACAGUGCUCUGCUGGACCAGUGGGCGAUGACUUGUUUCAUUGGCAGGCGACCAUAAUGGGUCCGGGUGACAGUCCUUACCAAGGAGGAGUUUUCUUUCUCACAAUCCACUUCCCCACCGACUACCCAUUCAAGCCACCAAAGGUAGCCUUUACAACUAAGAUUUAUCACCCAAAUAUAAACAGCAAUGGGAGCAUCUGUUUGGACAUUCUACGGUCUCAGUGGUCUCCAGCACUAACGGUGUCUAAAGUUUUAUUGUCCAUAUGUUCAUUGCUUUGUGAUCCAAACCCAGACGACCCCUUAGUUCCAGACAUAGCACACAUGUACAAGAACGACAAAGACAAAUACAACAAACUAGCAAAAGAUUGGACACAAAAGUAUGCCAUGUAAAGAAAAGAUGAAGAAAAACAUGCUGAGAUUUAUUCUUUUUCCUUCCUUUUCUGAAGUCACAACACACUGUAAAUUAGAGUCUGGAAUCAUUAAGUAAUCGUGGGUAACUUCCAUCAGACUGAAGUGUCAUUAACAUCAUUAUUAAUCUGAGAACAUGACAUUUACAUUCUUUGUUUUUUGAAGGGAGCAGAGUUUUACCAGAGCAGAUGAGAAAGAUUGCCUGUAGUCAUGUCGUGGAGACCGUGACAUUUCAAAGUUUGGUGUUAUUGUUUUUGCAUCAAGCACAUUUUAUUUCUAACACAAGUUUAUUACAAGUUGCUAUACAGCAUUUUUGAAGUCAAACUAGUGGACUGUAGGACAUAACGUAUGCCAUUCAACAACAAGCCUUUUUUUAGAGGAGCGGAGUGCAGCAGGGUAGCAUACAUGUUAGACAAGCGGCUCCAUAACUGGAGAAGCCCGGAGUCCCUGCUGCGCCCAGCGAGGAACACAGCCAACCAUGGAGUUGUGGGAGGGUGAAUGCCAAAUAUGUACGCCCUCAUUCUGACACACGUCAUGUCGGUGAAGGAGUUUUUUUUUUAUUAGUUAUUUUGCAUCUUGUAGCAGAUAAA